AGACGUCCGGCGCGUGUUGAUCUUUGUUUACAACCUCCUUCGUCCCGUUCUUCCCAUUCAACCAUGUCCGAGUCGUCAACACCCAAGCCAACAUCCAGCGAGAGCAUCGUUGCGCAAAAGUAUGACCGCUGUUUGGCGGAUUUGAUUGUCAAGGCUGGUGUUGGCUUUGGCGCAGGCGUCGUCGCGUCGGUCAUUCUCUUCAAACGACGCGGCUGGCCAAUUGCCCUCUCGACGGGCUUCGGCGCCGGAAUAGCAUAUGCAGAUUGCGACAGGUCAUUCAACCCCGCAAGAAUACCUGGGGUGAAGAUCGUCCCCGCUUCAUCUACACCCUCAACGACAACUACGGAGGAGACAAAAUCUACAUGAGGUUGGAUUGGAAUUAGGCUUGGGGCGGAUUAUAAGAGGGUGGUAGAUAAUGGAUAUGCGAUGAGUGCAUCCUUUCUACUCGUGUCGAGUUGCAAUAGACUAUUUGACACAACAUCCAAUCCAUGGUUCCUGU